AUGCUUGCAUCUAAAACUUCCAUAGAACUUCCUGUUUUCGAUGUAUCUAAGCCCUUAACUCCAUCUUGCCUCUCCUCCCUAACUUUAGCCUGUAAAGAAUGGGGUUUCUUUCACAUAAUCAACCAUGGUAUCUCCAAAGAGCUUUACAUCAAACUUCGUUAUCUAUCAAAUCAGCUUUUUGAUUUGCCAUAUGAACAGAAGUUCAAAGCUGGUCCUUCAUCGAACAUAAAAACUUACACUCCUCAUUUCAUUGCCUCUCCUUUUUUUGAGUCAAUCCGUGUUUCUGGACCCAAUUUCUUUGAAUCAGCAGAGAGUUCUGCUGAAGUUCUCUUGAACCAGACAAAGUCAGAAUUCAGUGAGGUGUUGAGAGAAUAUGGGAGCAUAAUGAGGACUCUAUCUAAUAAAAUCAUAGAGAUGUUACUGAUGUGCUUAGGGGCAGAUUUUGGAAAGAAAUUUAAAUCCGAGUUCUCUGACUCUGAAGGGUAUCUGCGGAUAAAUAAUUACUCUCCACCUGAUGUUAUUGGAAAAGACGACGUUGAAGGGCUUGGUAUGCACACCGAUAUGAGCUGCAUAACAAUAGUUUAUCAGGAUGAAAUUGGUGGGCUUCAAGUUAGAUCUAAAGAAGGGAAAUGGAUGGACAUAGACCCGUGUGCUGAAACAUUAGUUGUGAAUAUUGGAGACUUAAUGCAAGCUUGGAGCAAUGGGAAGUUAAGGUCAUCUGAGCAUAGAGUUGUUUUAAAAGAAUGUAAAAACCGGUUUUCACUUGCUUUCUUUUGGUGCUUUGAGGAUGAUAAGGUAGUUUUUGCACCUGAAGAAGUUGUGGGUCAGAAAAGUUUGAGAGCCUAUAGGCCUUUCUUGUGUAGUGAUUACAUGAAGUUUAGACAAAAUAGUGAGAAAGGCAAGUUUGAAAAAGUUGGCUUCACGGUGAAAGAUUUUGCAGGUACUGCAGUUGUCAAUACCUCCUUGUGAUAAUCCUAAAUA